AUGGAAUCGAGCUUGCACACAUCGGGAAGAUCUUGGGCAGACCUCUUCGGAGUUGCGGACGAGAAUCGCUUGGUGUACGUUGAACCGGAGAUUGUAGACGGAGGCCUCCGUAUUUCCGCUGAACUUGAAGACGAAGGAAUCGCGCACUGGCAACAUUGUUUAGUAGGGCAGUUCCUAUCUACUUCUCCCACAUUCGUCAAGUCCAAUCUUGGGCGAAUCGUCUUUGGGGCAAGAAAGGUUCAGUUAGCUAGGGUUUCUUGGCUGGGUGAACGUCUGCUUCUAUUUCAGUUCGCGACUGAGGAAACUGCACACUGGGUGUUCUCGAUUGGUCCUUGGCAUAUGAGGAACGAUAUGUGUUACUUGAGGAGAUAA